GGAGCUUACUGGUUGUAGCAGCAGUGGGGUCCACGAAGCCCGCCGGGAGUUGGUGAACUAGGUCUCCUAGCGUCCUGGCCGGCAGCCACAGCCUGCCCGGAGUUGGACUACAUUUCCCAGAGCCACCGCGUCCCGAAGCGGCUUCAUUUCCGUUUUUUUCGCGUGAUUUGGGGACGUCGCAUGGGGAGAGGGCUGCGUCCCUGGAGGAGUUUGGCCUGGCUCCCGCAGGGCGGGCGAACCCGAAACCGGGCAGGGACUCCGGGCACCAGAUCCUGGGCCCUGAACUGCACCCUCUAUCGAGCACCCAGAGGAAGGAAGAAUGACUGUUGUACAGUCAGAAGCAAGCUUCAAGCACUACCUUUUCCAGACUCUGCUUCUCUAAAAUAGGAAUCUAGAAGAUGAUCAAUCAUGUCUCGCAGCUCUAAAAACCAUGGCUCAGAGAUCAGUGAUGUUCAGGGAUGUUGCCAUUGACUUCUCUCAGGAAGAGUGGGAUUGCCUGAACUCAGCUCAAAGGGAUUUGUAUAGAGAUGUGAUGUUGGAGAACUAUAGUAACUUAGUGUCACUAGACUUGCCCUCAAGGGGGGCAAACAAGCUCUUAUCUCCAAAAAAAGACAUUUAUGAAACAGAAUUAUCCCAAUGGGAAAUGAGUGCCGGACUUGAAAACUGUGAUCUUGAGAACUCUAGUUCCAGAGAUUAUUUGGAAGUCAAAGGCACAUUGGAAAAGCAACAAGAAAAUCAGGCAUAUUUCAGUCAAGGAAUGAUCAUAUAUGACAAAAUGUCUAUUUUCAACCAGCAUGCUUAUUUAUCUCAACAUCCCAGGUGUCAUUCUACUGAGAAACCCUAUAAAUGUAAGGAAUGUGGGAAGGCCUUUAGACGAGCCUCACACCUUACUCAACAUCAGAGUAUUCAUACUGGUGAAAAACCCUAUGAAUGUAAGCAAUGUGGGAAGGCCUUUAGUCGUGAUUCACAGCUCAGUCUUCAUCAGAGACUUCAUACUGGUGAGAAACCCUAUGCAUGUAAGGAAUGUGGGAAGGCCUUUACUCAGAGCUCCCAACUUAUUUUACAUCAUAGAAUUCAUACUGGUGAAAAACCAUAUAAAUGCGAAGAAUGUGGGAAAGCCUUUAUUCGAAGCUCACAACUCACCCGACAUCAAAAAGUCCAUACUGGGGAGAAACCUUAUGAAUGUAAAGAAUGUGGGAAGGCCUUUACUCAGAACUCACAACUUACCCUGCACCAGAGACUUCAUACUGGUGAGAAACUCUAUGAAUGUAAAGAAUGUAGGAAGGUCUUUACACAACUCUCACAACUUAUUCUUCAUAAGAGAAUUCAUACUGGUGAAAAACCCUAUGAAUGUAAGGAAUGUGGCAAAGCUUUUAUUUGUGGCUCACAGCUUUCUCAACAUCAGAAAAUACAUAAUGGGGAAAAGCCAUAUGAAUGUCAGGAGUGUGGAAAGGCCUUUAUUCGUGGCUCGUUACUUAUGCAACAUCAGAGGAUUCAUACUGGUGAAAAACCCUAUAAAUGUGAAGAAUGUGGGAAGGCCUUUAUCCGUGGCUCACAACUUACUCAACACCAGAGAAUUCAUACUAAUGAGAAACCCUAUGAAUGUAAGGAAUGUGGAAAGACCUUUAGUCAUGGCUCGCAACUUACUCAACAUCAGAGAAUUCAUACUGGUGAGAAACCCUAUCAGUGUAAGGAGUGUGGAAAGGCCUUUAAUCGUGGCUCCCUCCUUACCCGACAUCAAAGGAUUCACACUGGUGAAAAACCCUAUGAGUGUAAGGAAUGUGGAAAGACCUUUAGUCGUGGCUCAGAACUUACUCAGCAUGAGAGAAUUCACACUGGUGAGAAGCCCUAUGAGUGUAAGGAAUGUGGGAAGUCUUUUAUUCGUGGCUCACAGCUUACACAACAUCAGAGAAUUCAUACUGGUGAGAAGCCCUAUGAAUGUAAAGAAUGUAGAAUGGCCUUUACACAGAGUUCACAUCUUUCUCAGCAUCAGAGACUUCAUACCGGUGAGAAACCCUAUGUAUGUAAUGAAUGUGGGAAGGCCUUUGCUCGUGGCUUACUACUUAUACAGCACCAGAGAAUUCAUACAGGUGAGAAACCGUAUCAGUGCAAGGAAUGUGGGAAGGCCUUCAUUCGUGGUUCACAACUUACUCAACAUCAACGAAUUCACACUGGAGAAAAACCCUAUGGAUGCAAGGAAUGUGGGAAGGCCUUUAGUCACGGUUCUCAACUUACUCUACAUCAGAGAAUCCAUACUGGUGAGAAACCCUAUGAAUGCAAAGAGUGUAGAAAAGCCUUUACUCAAAGCUCACAUCUUUCUCGACAUCAGAGAGUUCAUACUGGUGAGAAACCAUAUCAGUGUCGGGAAUGUGGGAAGGCCUUUACUCGUGGUUCACAACUAACUCAACAUCAAAGAAUUCAUAUCAGUGAGAAAUCUUUUGAAUAUAAGGAAUGUCGGAUAGACUUCAGUCAUGACUCACAAGUUUAUAUAUGAAUUACCUGAUGCUUGUAAUUAAUAUAGAGAGCCUUCUCUGGUCAUUAAUUCAUUAUCAAAGAAUUCUUAAAAUGUGAACAUGUAAACACAUUUGCUUCAUAAAGUUCAGAAUCAGUGAAUUUGUAUGGGGGAAAGAUAAUGCUAAUGUAAUCCAUGUAGAAAAACCUGUCAUUACUGGAAACCUACUCAAAUUUAAGAAAUUAUAAUAGACAAUAAUUCUGUUCAUGUAAAUAUAGGAAGACUUUUAGCCAUAGACAUAUGUCUUUUUCAAAAUUAUCUUGACUCUUUCAGUUGCUUUCCUUUGUGACAUUUAACAUGAUAAUUAACUGCUGCUUUGGUUUACUCAGUUAUCAGAUAGACCUAAGAAGAAUACCUUCCUUAUAAGAUUCUCAGAAGUAUUAUAUAAGUUAUUAAAUGUAAGGUUCUUAGACCAGUGCCUUCAACAUAGCAUUUUGCAAAUAUUAGCUAUCAUUAUUACUCGUGUUAUUUUAGAGAAUUUGCACGAGAAGACAUUUAUGAGUAUAAUGAAUAUUGAGAAAUCUUUCAUUAGCCCUGAACCUUGAUUAUUUGAGAGGAGGGCACUGUGUGCUGUAAUGAAUAUGAGAAUGCUUUCAUUCACAUCUUGUCACAUAUGCUGUAAGAGGAAAUUCAUAAUGUAAAAAAGAACCCUGUAGAUAUAAUCAGUGAAUCGUUGAAGAGAUUUGAAUUGUAACAAAGUCCAAAAGCUCUUAUUUUCUGCCAUGUCUGACCACUAGGUACAAGUGUUACUUAGAAAGGAAAAAAAAAAAAAAUGGAUAGCCAAAAUAAAUCUUUCUACUAAGAAAUUUUUAAAAAUUUGAAUGCACAGCUUUUGAGUUAAACUAAAAAAAUUGAUAUUGUAGGCUAUUUUGCAAAUAAAAUGAUGUGAAUCUGUAUCAGAGACUAUUUCCCCACCCUGAAUUCAUUCUUUUUUCUUCAGUAAUAGAAUUCUUGGCUGAAAAACUUUCUCAGCCUCCCUUGAAGAUCUAUAAGCUGGAAGAAGUGUUUGUAUGAAUAGGACAUUUAAGAAAUAAUUUCCUUUUUUGCACUUUUUUGUUUCACUGCCUGCAAUGCGGAUAUUUAAAUCUGCAGCUCUGGCAAUUCUGUAGGAACUUUGAGAAUGGUAUCUGAGUAUUAAGGAUGAUGGAGCAGGAUUACAGAACAUGUCUCCACUUAUGUUGAUUUUAUGGAACAGCCAUACCAUUUGGGGUCUGCCUGCCUUCUGUAUUUCUUUAUAUAAAAUUAAACUUGUUCGUUGA